UCUGUUGCUGGGGGACAAGCGGCGGCGGCGGCGGCAGUGGAUCGGUGCGUAGUUGCGGUCGGACCGGGAGUUUCUCCUUCUCCUGAGGUGCGCUCUAAUCCUGUGCGCUCCUGGACGCGUGGUGGUGGUGGUGGUGGGGGGUUUGGGGGACCUGAUCAUGGGGUCAUCAUCGUCAUCUUCCUCACCAUCAGUAUCUUCAGCAUCAGCGCGACACUUUACUUUGUUGUCCGUGGCGCCGGAUCACGAGAAGAGCGCACUACGAUAAAACUCUGUGGCUUCUGUCGUCGAUUUCCAACCCGGGAAACUUUUCUUUUAUAUCAAUUAUUAUUCAUCAUAAAGCGUGUGGAAUGGAGAUCACAACUUUCCUGCUGUCGAGUCUCGCCCUGCUCUUUGUCGGAGGAGAUAUUUUCACCAGGGCCAUGCUGAGUGACAUUGGGGACUAUGUAGGUACAGACAUUGAAAUAUCCUGGUUACCUAAUCUGGAUGAUUUAAUGAAGGGCUAUGCCAGAAAUUUUCGCCCUGGGAUAGGAGGUCCACCUGUAAACGUGGCCAUGGCUAUUGAAGUGGCCAGCAUCGACCACAUCUCUGAAGCCAACAUGGAAUACACCAUGACAGUGUUCCUGCGGCAGAGCUGGCACGAUGACCGCCUGUCCUACAAUCACACCAACAAGACGCUGGGGUUGGACAGUCGCUUUGUGGACAAGCUGUGGCUUCCCGACACCUUCAUCGUCAACGCCAAAUCUGCUUGGUUCCACGAUGUGACCGUGGAGAAUAAGCUGAUCCGCCUGCAGCCCAACGGAGUCAUUCUAUACAGCAGCCGAAUCACUUCGACAGUGGCGUGUGACAUGGACCUGACCAAGUAUCCCAUGGAUGAGCAGGAGUGUAUGCUGGACCUGGAGAGUUACGGUUACUCCUCAGAGGACAUUGUGUAUCACUGGUCAGAGAGUCAGAGACACAUCCAUGGUCUGGACAAACUGGAGCUCUCCCAGUUCACCAUCACAGACUACCGGUUUGUCACUGAGAUGAUGAACUUCAAAUCUGCGGGACGAUUUCCAAGGCUCAGUCUUCGCUUCCAGCUGAGACGUAAUCGAGGAGUCUACAUCAUCCAGUCAUACAUGCCUUCAAUACUGCUAGUCGCCAUGUCCUGGGUGUCCUUUUGGAUCAGCCAAUCGGCAGUUCCUGCUCGUGUUUCCUUAGGGAUCACAACUGUUCUCACCAUGACCACGCUGAUGGUGAGCGCCCGCUCGUCCCUGCCACGAGCAUCGGCUAUUAAGGCGUUGGACGUCUACUUCUGGAUCUGUUAUGUGUUUGUGUUUGCGGCGCUCAUCGAGUACGCCUUCGCUCACUACAAUGCUGACUAUCGUCUCAAAGAGAAGGCCAAGGUGAAGGCCAACAAGCUCAGCUCUGAGUCCAUUGUAAAGAACGGUAAACAGGCCAUGGUUCUGUUCUCCCUGUCGGUUACUGGCAUGAACCAGGGUGUGAUGAUUUCCAGCCGCCAAGGCCGAACUCACCGCUCCAGCAGUGAAAUACCCGGGGAGGGCGGCACCGAGGAGACCGAGCCGAGGAGGAGAAGAUCCAAGCAGGCAGAGGAGAGCGAGGAGGAGAAGAAGUGCUGUUCCAAGUGUGUCUGCAAACCCAUUGACGCCGAUACCAUCGACAUCUACGCCAGGGCCGUGUUCCCAUUCACGUUUGCCGUGGUGAACGUGAUCUACUGGGUGGCGUACACCAUGUGAGGAGCAGGCAGCAGGUCUGUGUUAAUGGCUGCCGUCCAGGGCUGUAUAUAAGAAACUGCUGGGGCGGUGCCACUUCAGUGCUGGCAGACUGGUGCAGCUGAGAUAUACUGCAGGCCUCAGUGAAAAAAAAAAAAAAAAAAAACUUCAGAAGAAAUGAAGUGUUAUGACCUGUGAAUAUGGAAAUAUGGUAAUUAAUGGACGUAGUUAUGAGUUUAAAAAGCGUUAAUGGGACUUCACAGAUGCAGAAAUGUGUUUUAUAAGGCAAAGGACUGCGUUGCCUGUCGGACAUUCACAUACUCAGUGAAUACAGUUUAACCAACCAUGUCAUUGUCUUAUAUGAACUAACUCAACACGGGACCCUACCACAAAUCAUCCUGCUUGAUCACCUGCAGCACUGACCACGAGCUCACAUCUUUCAAACACAAAUAAGCAUAGUUAGCUUAACUAACUCAAAGCCACAAUCUGGAGUGUACCGCCUGUUAUCUCGUAAAAGCAAAAAGCGCCGCCCAAACAAGAGGAUAACAAGACGAGUUGUACUACUAUUCUGCAUGGCUGAUAACUCACUCACCCUCUUCCCCAGUCAUCACCACCCCCUCCUCGUCUCUCUCUCCUUUGGUCCUCCACCCAUUUUUUUUUCCAAUUCAUUUUUUUUUGUUUGGGACACUGUCUGGAGUGUCUUAUCUCCUUCUGCCAGUUCUGCCUGUUUCCUCAUCAUUAAAGGAUUUGCUCCACUA